AUGGGCUCGACAAUCAUAGAGAAUCAGGAAGAAGGACAGCAGCCUGCCGCAUCUGGCUCAACGCAAUGGCCUGUUCACGUCGAGGUCCGGCUCCAACCGCGUACAGCGGCCAAAUUUGACACUGUCAGAAGUAAUGUUCGCAAUUACAUCUCAUCCUUCGAUAGGAUAGCCAUUCCCUCGAAACUUCAAGGGUGGCAAAGCGUCACGGAGCUGGCGUCCACCGUCGAACAAAUCACCAUCUGCGAAUCUAGAUGUCCAUCAACCUCGCUGAAUCUUUCGGAGGCCAACCUACAGAUCCAUGUCUAUCAGCCAUUGGAUAGCGGCUCGUUUGACGAAUUCUCCAACAGUGCGGGAGCAGACGAUGAUGACACAAUGGCUGCCAGUGUCUGCGAGCUUCCAAACCGAAGCUGGGAAGGCCUCUGGGACUCUUUGGUGUACUCAAACGAUGUCAAGAUGAAACUCCUAGACUACAUCCACGCGACACUCAUUUUGAGCGAUGUGAACGUCGAUUUCAACCUCGUCUCGUGGAACAGAGUGGUUCUUUUGCACGGCCCUCCCGGCACAGGCAAGACGUCCCUCUGUCGAGCCCUUGCUCAGAAGCUCGCCAUUCGCUUCUCCCAUCGCUACUCCAACGCACGCUUGUUAGAAAUCAAUUCGCACUCAUUGUUUUCCAAGUGGUUCUCAGAAUCAGGAAAGCUGGUCCAGAGGCUUUUCACCAGUAUAACAGAUCUCGUCGAUGAGGAAGACGCCUUUGUCGUUGUCUUAAUUGACGAAGUAGAAUCUCUUACGGCGGCGCGAGCUGGAGCAAUGGCAGGGACCGAGCCCUCUGACGGUCUUAGGGUGGUGAACGCCCUCCUCACCCAGUUAGACAAACUGAAGCAUCGCAAGAAUGUUUUAGUAAUGGCGACGAGUAACUUAGUGAAGGCUAUCGACAAUGCAUUUGUAGAUCGGGCUGACAUUAUUCAGUACAUCGACCUUCCUUCCCGAGAAGCUGUCUACGACAUCUUGCGUAGCUCUGUCUCGGAGAUCAUGUCCAAGGGUGUCAUUGCCCCACUCCCUCUACCUAGCCUGAUGCAGGUCCAACUCUACGAAGUCACUGCCAAGCCCAACCAAUCCCUUGAUUAUUCGUCAGACGCGAAUCAGCGUUCGAGGAAUGCUGGUUUGAAGCUUCUUCACCUAGCUGCAAAGUGUCAGGCCCACGGAAUGUCUGGUCGUUCCCUUCGCAGGCUGCCUGUGCUUGCCCUCGCACACUCCCUAGGGCUAGGACGACCAACUACGACGGGAGCCACGAAGGUCGCCACCGCUCCAUUCGAACUGGGAGGUACAGACGUCGAAACGUGGAUAGCUGGGAUGGAUAAGAUCGUCGACGAACACGGAGACGAGCUCCAGCGCGUCAUUUGA